AUGAGUUGUGACGAACCGAAAAUCCUGUACCGCAUAGCGGUACCAAGUGACUGUGAACGGAUCCGGGAGGCGUUGUUGACGUUCCACUACCCGAAGGAGUCAGUUCACGUAGCGUACGUCGGACAACAGAUCGCCGAUCCGCUGCGGGAUGAUGCCCAGUACGCGCUCACCUUCGUGCAGCAGGGUAUGGCGGUGAUAGCCAUCGAUGUGGACCACAAUCGGAUCGUUGGAGUAUCGAUCGCUCGGUGUGUACGCUCGGGCACCGCGGAACAACUGCUGGACGAGGCCACCACCCUGGGAGAGGGUAGAAGGGCCGAGGUACUGAGGCUGUACGCGCAUCUCGAACGUAAUGCGGACGUUUGUGGGCGGUUUCGGGUGCGUCGAACGUACCACGUGUUUGUGCUGGCCGUGGAUCCCCGCGAACGACGUAGGGCCAUCGGCCAGAAGUUGAUGGAGUUCCAGCUGGCCCGUGGAAAGUCCUUGGAGUACCGGGUAGUUAGUGCGGAUUUCACCAGCGACCAGGCGGCCCGCAUUGGUGCCCGAAUCGAUAUGAGGUGCGUCAGUGCAUUGGCCCUCGGCCAGUACCGGAACCCGUCCGGGGAGCAGCCUUUUGUGGCUCCUCCAGAUCGCAUCAUCAGCACCUACGCGAGGUAUGUGGCCGGUGUGUAA